AUGGACUACCGCCCGAACCAGCGCCCGCGCUCGAAGAGUGGCUUUAGCUUCAAGAGUGAGAAAAGCGAUAAGAGCCAUGGCUCCGACAAAAUUCACCGGCCCAAGAUCAAGGACCUUCACGAAUCCUCUGUCGAGAAGCACAAGAGACAACUAAGCGGCACCUCCAAGGCGAACCCCAACGCUGCAAUGGAAGAAGCUCAGCCGAUCGCUGCCGCCCUUGAGGCCCCUACUCUUGGAUCGCUGCGGGCCAUGACCCACAAAGACAUUGACGGCUCGCCAAUCCCGGAACCUGAUCUCUCCAACCCCACUCGCUCCCGCUGGGAACGCCCUCUUGACACGAUUCGCAAGUUCGAAGCGCAGAUUGACGGCGAAUACAAGCGGAGGGGAGGCGCGCGAACUGACGUCGAAUCGAACGCCGAUUUCAGCGGUUACACGAGUCGCCGGAGCAGCUACUAUGGAGGAAACGGCAACAAUCGUUACUCUAGUAGCACCGCUACCGGUGGCUAUGGUGGCGGUGGUGGUUACUACGCUGGUCGCAACCCAACCUCGCCACGUCCAGCCGAGGAUCCUUACAUGCCCACUCCCGUUGCAGGCCCCGGUCGCAACCGUUUUGGCCAACGCCUUCAGCAGGAGAUGAUGCCUCCGCGUCCGCCAGCGCAUAACCAGGGCCUGUACCCGACUCAUUCCUAUCAGCAAUCCCGCGACACGGUGAACACGGGCUUUUCGAACAGUUCCGGCGAAGCCUGGGGCAAUUCCACCGAUCCGAGCAGCGAGAACAGCUCAAUUGAGAGGAUGCCUCCCACUCAGAAGCCCGACCCGGGCGAGCAGUACGGAUUCAACGGUUUCGGAGGAAGCCCGGUCGCGGAUGGAUACGACUACAACGCCAACGGCUAUUAUGACCAGCAAGGUUACGGUGGGGCCCCGGCCGUCGGCACUGAACCAUACUACAGCAAGAACCAAGGGCCGCCGGUACCUCCACACGACAGCGUUAAUGGAGUAUCGAAAAUGGGUGACGGUCCGCCACAGCAACCCAUCAGCGGGUCCACGGCCGCUCCUGCUAGCCGCCCGGUUGCCAACGGUGACGGUGACAAGAGAAAGAGUUGGUUUAAGCGGCGGUUCAGCAAGGAUUAG